AUGCCCACCGACAAAUACUUCGCCCAAGCGCCCCCCUUCCCCACCUCCCCCGACUUCCCCAUCGUUUCGCUCCCCACCAUCUCCCUCGCUAAACUCAAGGCCCACGACCCCACCGAAUCCACUCAAUUGUUCCGUGCAUCCCGCGAAUGGGGGUUUUUCAUGUUGGAUCUCCGCGCCGACGAGCAAGGCGCCAGCCUGCUCCACCAGGCCGAGAAAAUGUUCGAUCUGGACGCGGAGCUGUUUUCACUGGACCAGGCCACGCUGGAUGAAUAUGCGUAUGAUGCGCCGCGGGAUUUGACUGGAUACAAAAAAGCCGGUCUCCUAAGAACCGACACGGGCGGCUACGACCACAUGCACCUCUACAGCAUCAACCAAGACGACAUGCUGGGCAACCGGGCCGCACGCACCAAUGCGCCGCCCAUCGAGGCCCACCGCGGCGACCUGCAAGCCUUCAUCCGGGAGUCGUCGGCCGCGCUGGCGGUGAUCCUCGCGACCCUCGAUCGGGAGCUCGGGCUGGAGGCUGGCACGCUGGCGAAGCUGAGUCCGCUGGACGAGGAGAGUGAGACCUCGGUGCGGUUGCUGUGGAGUCCGCCCGCACCGGCCGUGGCCACCACCCCACCCCCCGCGGCGGAGACCCAGCGGGUGAUCACGCUGGGCGGACACACGGAUAUCGGGACGUUGACGCUAUUGUUCCACGUCCUCGGGGGGUUGCAGAUCCUGCCUGCCGGGGUGGAGAAUACCGCCCAACAGUGGCGGUAUGUGCGGCCGGUGCCCGGGUGUGCGCUGGUCAAUCUGGGGGAUACCCUCGUGGAGUGGACGGGGGAGUUGCUGCGGAGUUCCCUGCAUCGGGUGGUGACCGCCCCGGGGGAGCAGGCGACGGUCGCCCGGCGCAGUGUGGCGUAUCUGGUGCGGCCGUCGAAGAAGGCAAGUAUGCGGCGAUUGCAGGGGGGGAAGAUCCCCGCGGUGGCGGAGGGAGAGGAGGAGGAGACGCGGCCGGUGAACGAGUGGGCGGCGUGGAGGUCGAAGCAGAUCAUGUUGGGGACGUUGAAGCCGCAGACGCGGGGGGGUGCGCGGGCGGUUGUGGUGUGA